AUGAUCAUAUUUGAUUCAUAAAUGAAGCAUAAUGAAAAUAUUGAAGAUGAAUCUGAAGAUAAGUAUGAAGUAAAAAGGGAUAUAUUAGAUAAUUAUAUGUACCAUUAUUUCCUAUGAGAAAAAAACCGUCUAUAGGAUCUAGUCAAAUAUCUUCACAAUCCACAUCAUAAUCAACUUAAAUGCUUACUUAAUAUAGAAGUAUGUAAGAUUCAAACGAGAAAAGAGAAUUAGAAGCUGCAAUAAUCAAAGAACUCAUGAAAGAUAAGCGAUCAUCUGAAUUUUAUGCAGUUCAAGAAAAUUGGAUUUCAUAAUAUAAAUUAUAUUUAUAUCAAAAUGGAGAAAGACCAAGCAUUUUAGAUAAUAAUAACUGUACAUAAUACAUAAUUGUUAAUGAAGCAGUGUGGAUAUUUUUUAAACAAGAAUAUAAAGCUCAUCCAGAUAUAAUCUGUAAAUAAAAGCAUUCAAGAAAUAAUGAUAAGAGAUCAAAAACUGUAGAACCUACAAUAAAUCGUUAAACUGCUUCUAAUUCUUAAUCCAACUAUGAAUUACCACUUAUUGGAAUGAAAAAUGAUUCUUACUAUUGUUAUAUGCAUUCAGGAUUGCAAUCCCUAUUAAGCAUAGCUGAUCUUAAUUAUUUUAUUAUAAAAUACAUUCAAAGAAUAUCUAAGCAACAACUAUUAGACAAAAAAAAAUAAAAUAUUGUUUCAUUUACUAAAGCUUAUUUUGAUUUAAUUGAUUAAAUCAAAUCAAGUACUGUCCCUAUUAAAAUUAACACCAUAAAAACAUUGAUAAUUAAUUAGUUUCAUCCAAAAAAUCAGCACGAUUGUCAUGAAUUCUUACUUUAUUUACUAGGACACAUAGAAGAUGAAAUUUUGAAUUUCAAUAAGGAUACUAAAUCAACUUAUAUAAAUUUCGUAGAAUAAAUCUUUAAAGGUAGCAAACUUUAUAUUUAAUAGGAAAACUUUAGACUAAUAUUAUAUGUCAACUUUGUAAAAAUAAAGUUAAAUAAAUUGAGCCAUUCUUAACUUUGUCAUUAGCCAUCUCUUAAUCCAAAACAUUAGAAUCGUGUCUAGAUGAAUUUCUAAAAGAAGAAACUCUAAAAGAUUAUAAAUGUGUCAAAUGUCAAUCAUCAUGUGUAAAAAGCCUCUAAAUUGUUUCCAUUCCAUAAAUACUGGUAUUACACCUAAAAAGAUUCUAAUUUUUGCCCUAAUGUCAUAAAAAUAAUAAAGCAAUAACAUAUCCAAUUGACAUAUUAAAUUUUGGCAAUAAAACUUAUAGGCUUAGAGCGGUUAUUGUUCACACCGGUAAUUUAUAAUCAGGACAUUAUUUCACAUUUGCAAAAAGAUACCAUUAAUGGUUUCUAUUUAAUGAUGAAACUGUUAAAGCAGUUACCAAAAAAUAAGUUCUUAUGCAAGCAGCAUAUAUCCUCUUUUACUAAAUUAAUGAGAAUCCAUGA